AUGGCCAGCCGCCCGACCGUGAACGUCCGCUCGACCGCGGGCGAGGCCUCGACCUCGCUCCCCCUCCCAGCCGUUCUCACGGCCCCCAUCCGUCUUGAUGUCGUGCAGCAGGUUCACAAGAGCAUGGCGAAGAACAAGCGCCAGGCAUACGCUGUGAGCGAGAAGGCCGGCCACCAGACUUCGGCCGAGUCCUGGGGUACCGGUCGCGCUGUCGCCCGUAUUCCCCGUGUUGGUGGUGGAGGUACCCACCGCUCCGGUCAGGCCGCGUUCGGGAACAUGUGCCGCGGCGGUCGCAUGUUCGCGCCGACGAAGACGUGGCGCAAGUGGCACGUGAAGAUCAACCAGAACCAGCGCCGCUUCGCGACCGUCUCGGCGCUUGCGGCGUCUGCUCUCCCUUCGCUCGUCCUCGCACGUGGCCACAGGAUCGAGGAGAUCGAGGAGGUCCCGCUUGUCGUUUCGGCCGAGGCCGAGUCGUUCAAGAAGACCAAAGAGGCAGUCGCCCUCCUCAAGUCGCUCGCCGCCUACCGCGACGUCACCAAGGUCUCCAACUCCCGCAAGCUUCGCGCCGGAAAGGGCAAGCUCCGCAACCGCCGUCACCGCCAGCGCCGCGGCCCGCUCGUCGUCUACUCUGAGGACAACGGCAUCGUCAAGGCAUUCCGCAACCUCCCCGGUGUCGAGGUCGUCAACGUCCGCCGCCUGAACGUCCUCCAGCUCGCUCCUGGUGGCCACGUCGGCCGCUUCGUCAUCUGGACCGAGAGCGCUUUCGGUCUCCUUGACGAGGUCUUCGGCACCUUCGACAAGGCCGCCGUUUACAAGAAGGACUACGUCCUCCCCACGGCCAAGAUCGCCAACCCGGACGUCACCCGCUUGAUCAACUCGACGGAGAUCCAGUCGGUCGUUCGUCCCGCUGGCCCCAAGGUCCAAAAGCGUCCCUGGACGCAGCACAAGAACCCCCUCCGCAACAAGGGCGUUCUCUUCCGCCUGAACCCGUACGCCAAGACGGCUCUUCAGAAGGAGAAGGAGCUCCAGGCCAAGGCCAAGUCCGGCAAGAAGGCGAAGGGCAAGUCGGCGUCGAAGGAGUUCCUUACGACCCUCUUCGCUCCCUGA